AUGGCUGCUGGAAGGGCUACUAAAGCGUUUUUCAACUUCAUUUUCGACACGGUACACUGUGCCGGCAUCAGCGGCAAGGAUAAUGGAUUUGGUAACAAUUACGUUUGGGCUGGAUCUUUAGAAUCAGGUCUCCAGAUAGCCACACACCACAGGAAACCAGUGAUGGUGAUCAUUCACAAAUCGUGGUGUACAGCCUGUAGAAAUUUAAAGCCUAAGUUUGCCAAUUCCCCUGAAAUACAAACGCUAAGCAAACACUUCGUUAUGGUCAAUUUGCUUGAUGAAGACGAACCUAAAAACAAUGUUUAUGCUCCAGAUGGAACAUACAUACCGAGAAUUUUGUUCAUAUCACCGAAAGGUAUGGUGGACCCUGAGAUUGUAAACGAGGAAGGCAGUAGCCAACACAAAUACUUCUACAGCAAACCUGAACAAAUUGCCAAAUCAAUGAGAAAAGUGCUUGACAAAUACAACGAAGAAAAAUUUGAUGUAUGA